AUGCCGAACCGUACUAAAGAUCGUCAGACUUACCUAGCAAACCCCCAUGAAUCGUACAAAACCACUCGCUACGGGGAUAAACCGAUUACACACAGGGUUUCUAGCGCCUAUGACCAAAGUACUUUAAGUCAGUUCGGAUUCACACCUUCUUCCUCGUCUGCGAGUUCUAAAAAGCACAAGAGGAAAUCACUACUGUCCAAAAGUGGCGGGGUAAAAAGGAGGAGUUUAAAUUUCGACGAUUUAAAACAUGAGAGCUCUGGAGAGGAGGAAGGGGAAGAUGGAAAACCGGUUGGGAAGAAGAGAAGGGUGGGGCAAGGUCGUCUUUCGAGUGACGAUGAAGAUGAAAACGACAAAAGCGAAAUAAAAGAGGAAGAUAUGGCAGAGGAUAGCUUUGUAGUCAACGACCAAUUUGACGAAGACGACGAAGAAAGUUGGAGGCCUCGCCGUUCACCGAAAAGACGAAGGUCGUUACCUAAGCGAAGAUCAUUUCAGGUUCCGAAAACCAGGGAUUUGACUUUGACCCAGAUGUACCCUUUAACACGCAUUACAGCCGAGAGCGACUACGAGGACGAUGAGGAGAGCCAAGGGGGGUAUACCGAAGGGGAUGAAUCUCAGGAAGAUGACUUGGGUGUGCCUGUGGAGGAUAUUCAAGUCAAGGACGAACCCGUUUCCCAAGUCCUAUAUGAACCUGAGGCCUGGAUCAAAGACGAACCUCAGUCCCAAGCCGGGAUGCCUGAAGAUCUGAUAUUAAAUCAGGAUCUCAAACAGGAGAACGAAGAUGUAGAGCUAUCAGACCAGACGAGGGUGGUCGAACUAGAGAACUUAGCAGACGAAGUUACGGAAGAGCCUACCGCGACAAUGGAUUCCGAUGUUUUGGGCUUAUUACAUAACCCAAAGACACCUAAACGUCCAAUACCACAGGUCGUUCCAUCGUCUUAUACCCCUCCAGUUACACCGUUGUCUCCUCUACGACAUCAGCAACUCUCAGCGAUACUUGCGAGCCCUUCAGUCCAGCGUCAAUGGCGCAUGAACGGGAGAAAAUUACCAGGGUUUAUUGUACCGGAUUUGAGCCCUGUUACAGAACACCAGAAAAAGAUAGAUGAUAGCUCAACAGAAGAGAAUACUCCUGUUGAACCCAUUGCCCCGGUGCAACCUUUGAAGCGGCCCGACUUCACUGGGGGUAGUGGGACAUCACCGGGAAGUAGUGCAAAGGAGACUGAGCUAGCAAAGCCCAGAGUUGUGCCAAGCACUCAGUGGUGGGAGCGGGAGGAAACUUUGACAUCAAAUUCCACUACUACCCUUGAGCCUAUCCAAGAAGUUGAUAGUCAACCUGACGUUCAGGUGGGAAGUAGUGGCGAUGUCCAGGAUAACGAAGCAGCAUCGAAUACCACGACUGCCCCACAAGUAUUACAACCAAUCGAAAGAGAGGUUGUUCCUGAGAGCCCGGUGCGAAGGAAUCGCUCGAAGAAUAGGUCGUUCAAACCAUCUCUUUCCACUUCGAUGUCACGAGAACCCUUGCUCCGUGACUCGAGUGGAUUACAUACCAUCAACACCUCGUUCUUUCGAAAGGAGAGCUCGACUAUCGAACCCCCUCCACCAGCCGUGGAAAGUGAAUCUCAAAAAUCUCAAGUUUCAAUAAAAUCGGUGGAUAGACAGCUUAUGAACGAAUCUAAUAGCCACAAUAAAAUUACGGCGAGUGGAGGGGAGGAAACACAACUUGAUAUCGAUGAACUGGAUUCGGAUGCGACAAUAUCACAGUCCCAACCUGAAGAACUAGAAAUCACGCCACAGGCACCUGUCCGAAACCCGACACUUCCGUCUCGUAAGGGCAGUGGUCCUCCACUGCUCCCUCCAUCGUCGCCUCCUCAGACCUACAAGUUUCCUGGAAAUAUCAACUCGACUCCACCCAGCUCGAAGGAUAUCUUCCGCAGUCCUUCAAGCAAAGGUUCAUCUUCGCCUAUCAUGGAGUUUAAGAAUACGCUUGAAACCUUUGAACCCCAAGAAGGAGAAGGGGGUAAGGAAGAUUCAAACGAGGCGACAGCUACUUCGACAUCAUACAGCGAGAAAGGGCCGGUAGAGACCUUAACCCAAUGGAAGAUGAGAAUGUUUGGACCAAGUCAAGCUGUUCCGACUAUCAGUCAAAUUCUCGGGGCUAAUUCUUUGGCUGAUGAUGACGAGGAGGAUGACGAGGAGCUAUAA